AUGAAUCCAGGCAGUGACAUAGAGUACAGACCUGCGAGUGUGCCCAAGCUGGCCUGGGGGAAGGAGGAGAAAGAAGGCCCUGGAACUGACCCAGCAACUGUGGUGAUGUGGAAGAUCCUCCAGGUGCCCUGUGUGCCACAUGUAGUGACUGUAUAUUUCCCCUGGCUCUUUGUGCAUCUGCUCUUCCAAGUACUCUUCAGCAUAUUAGAUGUGUCAGAGGCAGUUGAUACCUUCUGGAAGGGAUGCCAGCAGCAACACGGCCUUGCCACCAGCCCCAACAGGUUUGCAGAGCAGAUCCUGAAGGCCCUGCUCUGCCGACUGCACUAUGAGGAUGUGGUGGUGACAAUGGAAGACAAGCGUGGCUGGGACACACUGCUCUGUGCUGACACCCACCACUGUGCUGUGGGCGUGCUGGCCAGAGAAAUGCACCGCGCAUCCGAAGCCCUGGGUUCUGCGAUUGCAUUCCACCUGCUCAGGCUGCUCAGCAAGGAUACGCCAUGCCGGGAUUUGGCUGCCCUGGCGUUCCUUGUGGAGAUCCUGGAGCACCUGAACUUGAGUGAGUGCCAUGACAGCAUCCUGGAGUUCUUGUCAAAGCACCUGCAGAGCGAGUGCAGGGGGAGGCGUCGCUUGGCACUCCAAGGCCUCGUGGCGCUCGGCACCACCAGUUAGAUGGCCAUAAGGAUGUGGAGCCCGCAUGAAAGGCUCAUGGAGCUCCUGCAGAAAAAUGACAGUGACAUGCUCAGGAUGACCAUGGUUCUCCUCAGGGCUUUGUUCCUCUGCAAUGGUGCCCCAAUAACCAGCGCCCUCGCCCUGCAGCUGGCUGAGGCAUUCCUGCCACUCUUUGACAACAUAAGGCUCUGCGAGAAUAGCCAGGUACAGUUGUGCUCCAUGUUUGUAUUCCAAGAGAUGCUGUAUUUUUUUCCGGAAGAGGAAAAAAAGUCCCUAAAGGCACAUGUGCGCCAGAGCCUGCUCCCACUCUCCUUCCACUGCCAUGAUGAGAACCAGCAUGUAGCACAGGCUUCCCAGGAAAUGCUGCUUUGUGCGGCUGAGUUCCUUAAGAGGAGGGAUCUUGAAAAACUGGUGAAGAACAAGAAGCUGUGGCAGUUCCCCGAGUGCCUGCUGGCAGAGGACAGCAGCAGCGUGGCCGAGCACCUGCGCCGGGCCCUGCCCUACCUGCAGAGCCCACAGGAGCCCCUGCGAGAGGCGGCCGUCAGGUUCAUGGGGACGGCCGGGCGGUACCUGAGGGGGAGGAAGGAAGAGCUCCAUCUCAUCUGUGAGGCCCUUGAAGGCAUGGCAAAUGACAUCAGUGUUGCUGUCGCAAGCCUGGCAAUUCAAACAUUGUACAUCCUCCAGGCAGCAGAGAGAGCUCAAUAUUCCAUCUUUGACAACCUGCAUGAUCCGCUCUGGAGGGCAUGGAGAAGACGGCCUCAUCUGUCGGGGCUCGGCUGGCUGCGCUGCUGGAGCUCUGCAGAGAGCUGAUCCCAGAGGAUCUGUCUGCUGGGGCCACCUGAGCCAGCAGGAAUG